AUGCUUCUAAUGGCAUACAAGAAGGGUGAACAAGAUGAAGUUCAGAAAUGGUACCUCGACAGUGGUGCAAGCAAUCACAUGUGCGGAAAAACAAGCAUGUUCGUGGAGCUUGAUGAAUCCAUCAAGGGAGAUGUGGCUUUAGGAGAUGAGUCGAAGAUGAAGGUGAAAGGUAAAAGAAAUAUUCUCAUCCGAUUGAAGAAUGGAGACCAUCAAUUUAUUUCCAAUGUUUACUACAUUCCAAAUAUGAAGACCAACAUCUUGAGCCUUGGACAACUCUUAGAGAAAGGUUAUGAUAUCCGACUAAAGGAUAAUAAUCUUUCAAUAAGGGACCAUGAGAACAAUCUCAUUACCAAGGUGCCAAUGUCAAAAAAUAGAAUGUUUGUCCUAAACAUUCAAAACGACAUUGCAAAGUGUCUCAAGAUGUGCUACAAGGAGGAGUCUUGGCUUUGA